GUGUGAAGUGUGAAAAAUAAUAAUUACUUACCUAGUGUUUUCUUGUGCUAUUUUUUUUUUAAAUUGGAUGGCAAAAUGACUGAAACAGAACUAUGGACCUUUCAAGAGAUAGCAUUCAAGGCAGAGAUGGAUCGUCACGAUGACCCAGAAUCCGAGGAGGAAGCUUUCAUACUGUGCGCCGAAGACCCAGCCACCAGGACCAGAAAUAUUGUGGAACUUAGAAAUAUGAUAUAUGAAAGGGGCGAGUGUCACCCUCCCCGAAUGGAUGACGCAUUCUUACUGCGAUUCCUGAGGGCGCGGAGAUCAGUGCCUGCUCGAGCGCAUAGACUUUUAGUUCGCUACAGCAACUUCCGUGACCAGAACCCGCACUUAUGGCGUGACAUCGACUGGUUCGGCCUCACAAAACUGGGACAUGUGUUCGAAGGCGUACUGUUUGACAGGCCGGAUGUCGGUAGGCUUAUUAUUUGUAGACUCGGUCAAUGGGACCCAGAUGAUUAUCCAGUAGAUGACCUAAUCCGAGGCUGUCUACUCCUACUGGAAAUUGGCAUCAUGCAGCCGAAGCUCCAGGUGCUAGGAGGAACUGCUUUACUAGACUGUGAAGGGCUUACGAUGAAGCAUAUGAGACAGUUCUCACCAGCGAUAGCAUUACAAGCGAUGAAUGUUAUGGGGUUUGCAUUCCCACUCCACCAGCGUGGUGUCCAUGUGGUCAACUGCUCCAGAGUCUUCGAGACAUUAUUCCACUUCUUCAAACGUCUGGCGCCCGUUGACGAUCUCUGGAAAAGGGUUCGAUUCCACGGAAAUGAUCUUAGCUCUCUACAUAAAUACAUAUCUCCCGAUUGUCUUCCAAAAAGGUAUGGCGGGCAUAGACAAGAAGUAUCUCUAGAAAAAUGGCUGACGAAAAUCAAGCAGUACAAGAACAAAGACUUUGAUAAUGAUAUGAGAACACUAGGAUAUGCUGUAGAUUAAGUAAC